GGAUUCAGACCUCUUCCUGCUCAACGGCCGCACACUCUGGGCCUCGGAGGAGGGGUGGCUGGUGUUCGACAUCACGGCCACCAGCAACCACUGGGUGGUCAACCCACGCCACAAUCUGGGCCUGCAGCUUUCAGUGGAAAUUUGGAUGGAUGGGCAGAGCAUCAACCCCAAGUUGGCAGGCCUGAUCGGGCGGCAGGGGAACCAGAACAAUCAGUCUUUCAUGGUGGCGUUCUUCAUGGCCAUGGCGGUCCACUUGCGAAGCAUCUGCUCCACAGGGGGCAAGCAGCACAGCCAGAACUGCUCCAAGCCACCCAAGAACCAGGAGGUCCUGAGGGUGACCAAUGUGGCGGAAAACAGCAGCAGUGACCAGAGGCAGGCAUGUAAGAAGCAUGUGCUGUAUGUCAGCUUCCGCGACCUGGGCUGGCAGGACUGGAUCAUCGCGCCUGAGGGCUACGCCGCCUACUACUGCGAGGAGGAGAGCACCUUCCCACUGAACUCCUACAUGAACGCCACCAACCACGCCAUCGUGCAGACCCUGGUCCACUUCAUCAACCUGGACACAGUGCCCAAGCCCUGCUGCACGCCCACCCAGCUCAACGCCAUCUCCGUCCUCUACUUCAACGACAGCUCCAAUGUCAUCCUGAAGAAAUACAGAAACAUGGUGGUGCAGGCCUGUGGUUGCCACUAG